UAUCUUAGUGGCCAAUUACUGUUUUUCCCAUAUUUCUCCCAUCACCGCUGGUCCCAAUCGUCACCAUUCUUUCAUCAAUUCAAUUCUCAAACCCCACUGGUUCAACUCCAAACCUUCCUACCCCCUUCUACCCCUGUUGCAUGUGAGGAAAUUGAGUCGCAUUCAUCAUCGGUUCAACUCCAAACCCGCUGGUCCCAACAGUCACCAUUCUUUCAUCAAUUGUUUUUUCUGUUCCUUUUCUGUUCUUCUUUUUGCUGUCUUAAUUUUUCCCUUGUGUUUUUUUUGAGGGCGAGGGGCGACCCUAGCGGAGGGUGAUGGUGGUAUGUUUUUAUUUGCUGAAUUUAAAUUAUUAUAAUGGAAGUAUGAGUACUGGGGACUAGACUUGGUGUUAGUUUGAAAGGUACAAAGGACCUCUUCUUGAUCUAGCAUUUGUUAUUUAUCCACUGUCAUAUCAUACAUACAUCCACUAACAUGUUGCAGUUUCACAAUUGUAUGGGUCCAUUUAAGAUGGGAAUGAUUCCUCACCAUUUCCAGUUAUGUCUGUAGCCAAGACCCCUCAUCAUGUGGAACCCAAAUCUUGUCAGUGAGGGUGUUGGUGUUGGAGUCAAUGUUAGGAAGUUGCGCCGGUACUUUUUGAGCACCUUUAUGGUGGUUUACUCGAUGAGGCCUCUGCAAUCUGGUGCUGUAUUCAGAUGCUAUCCAGAAUUAUGGAAAGUGUUUUAUGAUGAUAAAGAUAGGCCAAACAGAUACCUGCUAGCCAAGGAAAUGGUAAGCCGUCCUGAUGCAGAGGACCUCGAGAUAAUAUUUGGAAAUGUUGAAGAGAAGUCAAAGAAGGGUUCAUCUUUGUUUAAUAAAGCAGCAGGCGUCUUCUCUUCAAUAAAUCGAUUCAUGAAAGUCAUCUCAAGAUGA